AUGACCAAGAGAUUCGUGCUCCCGGAUUUGGGCAUGCUUCUUACCCCAAAGAUUAAGAUUAUGACGGUGGGCAUUUUUUGGACGGAAUGGGGACUCUUCAUCCCGAUCGCUUAUAUUUCUUCGUAUGCUUUGAGCGAGGGCAUUGAACGAAAGCCAGCGUACAAUAUGCUCACCUUCCUAAAUGUCGGGUCACUACUGGGGCGUUGGCUUCCGGGGUACGUGGGCGACAAGAUUGGAAGAUUCAACACGCAGAUCCUGGCUGUCCUGCUGUGUAUCGUAUCGGUACUUCUGAUGUGGAUGUUGGCGAGCAGAGAUGUUAGCGUUCUAAUCGCAACAUCUGUAAUUUUUAGAUUUGCGAGUGGAGGCAAUACGAGUCUCACGCCUGUCUGCCUGAGACAACUAUGUGAAGUUGAAAGGUUCGGCCGCUUUUACGCGACGGUUUACACUAUGUCGAGCUUUGGAGCUCUAACUGGAGUACCAGUUGGAGGAGCGUUGCUGAGCAGUGCCUGCGGUAGAUAUUGGGCUUGA